CCUCCCCAGCAGCGCACUGCACCUCCGCAAGCGCGUUUCCAGGAAACUAAGGUCGGAAUUAGGGUCCAGGUGGGAAUCAGGCGCGGAACCAGCGAGAAGCACAAGCGGUGGAGGAAUAGCCCAGAAAGCUUAAGCCCGGGAGAAGGGGCGCAGCGUUCUGUGGCGGGAGGAUUUCGCCCCGCGCGCCCAGCGUACCGCCCAGGCGCCUCCAGAGUCCCGGGCAGGGGGUCCUCUCGGAGCUGGCGCAGCGGCCCCUGGCACCGCGCCCUUCGCCCAGCGCCACCUGGCUCCUCAGCAGCGUCCAGGAAGGGUCUCUGGUCAAAGACAGGGAUCUGCGGCCAUGGCCGAGGUCGCGGAGCCGGAGGUGGGCGCCCCGGGUCCCCAGAGCCAGCCCGAGGGCUCGGCGCUUCAGGCGGAGAGACGGGGCGAGCCGGGGGCUUCCGGCCCUGAGGCGCAGAGGGAGGAGGCGAGAGAGGGCGCCGCGGAGGCGCCGAGGGGCGGGGGCCCGGGCGCAGCCGCGACGGCCGAGGUGACGGAAGGAGAAGGUCCGGGGCCGCACGGAGGGCGCGCGUGCGAGCUGGCGCCGGACGCAGGCGGUGGCCCGGGGGCCGAGACGAGGGGCGCGAGCGGAGAGCAGGGCGAGGCCCAGUCGGAGGAGGGCGCCCGGGAGGGAGAGGAGCGGGCGAGCGGCGCGGAGCUGGUGGAGGAAGCGAGCCCCGGGUGCGGCGCGCAGGCCGAGGCCCCGGGGGAGGCUCAGGUGGAGCCUGGGGAUCCCGCGGCCCCCGGGGCGAAGGAAGAGGCGGAGAGCGGGCCGGAGGAGCCGGGGGGCAGCGCGCCUGGGGCGGCGGGGGCCCGCAUGGACGCCGACGGGCUGACGGGGGACAGCGCGGUCACCGAGGGGUCGGCGGGGGUCCGCGUGGACGCCGAGGGGCCGACGGGGGUCAGCACGGUCGCCGAGGGGCCGGCGGGGGACAGCGCGGUCGCCGAGGGGCCGGCGGGGGACAGCAUGGUCCCCGAGGGACGGGCGGGGAUCCUCGUGGACACCGAGGAGCUGACGGGGGUCAGCACAGUCGCCGAGGGGCCGGCGGGGGACAGCACAGUCGCCGAGGGGCCGGCGGGGGACAGCACAGUCGCCGAGGGGCCGGCGGGGGACAGCAUGGUCCCCGAGGGACCGGCGGGGAUCCGCGUGGACGCCGAGGAGCUGACGGGGGUCAGCACGGAUGUCGGGGCGCCGGCGGGAGGGGCGUCCAGGGCCGAGGGUGAGCCCCGGGACGGAGGGGACGGCAGCCCCGAGACCCAGGCCGAGGCGACUGAGGCCGCAGCGGCGGAGAGCGCGGAGUGCAGCCCCGGGGAGCUUGCGGGGGAGCCUCGGGGUGCAGCGGCGGGCGCCGCGGAAGAGACAGGGGACCGGGAGGGAGAGGAGUCGGAGGAAGCGGCCCCCGGGGGCGCGAGGGCAGAGGCUGGCGAGGACGCGGACCAGGGUGGGCCCCUGGGGCAGAGAGAGGAGGAGAGGCGAGAGCGGGGUCCGGAGGGCGAGGAGGAGCCCCCCGACGGCAGCGCGGAUGGGGAGGCGGCCCCGCCGACGGAGGCCCGGGAGCCCGAGGCCGAGCUGAGCAACCACCUGGCGGAGGGGAGCAGCACCGAGCGCGGCGACGAGACCGCGCCGGUGAACGGCGGCCAGGAGGACGGCGAGGCGUCCGAGGAGGGGGCCCCGGGGCAGGAGCACGACAUCACCCUCUUCGUGAAGGUAAAUCUGGCUUUUUGCAACUCCCAGGACGCCCCCUUCCAUCCUUACCUGCGCGCUGGUUGUGAUGGUGAGAGUAUUGGAAAUUGCCCAUUUUCUCAGCGUCUCUUUAUGAUUCUCUGGCUAAAGGGCGUUAUAUUUAAUGUGACAACGGUGGACUUGAAAAGGAAACCCGCGGACCUGCAGAACCUGGCUCCCGGCACCAACCCGCCUUUCAUGACUUUUGAUGGUGAGGUCAAGACGGACGUGAAUAAGAUCGAGGAGUUCCUAGAGGAGAAGUUAGCCCCCCCAAGGUACCCUAAGCUGGGGACCCAACACGCUGAAUCUAACUCUGCUGGAAACGAUGUGUUUGCCAAGUUCUCAGCAUUUAUAAAAAACACCAAGAAAGAUGCAAACGACAUUUAUGAAAGGAACCUCUUAAAGGCCCUGAAGAAGCUGGAUAAUUAUCUAAAUAGUCCUCUGCCUGAUGAAAUAGAUGCCUACAGCACAGAGGAAGUUACGGUUUCUGGAAGGAAGUUCCUGGAUGGGGAUGAACUCACGCUAGCCGACUGUAACCUCUUACCCAAGCUCCACAUUAUUAAGAUCGUGGCCAAGAGAUACAGAGAUUUUGAAUUUCCUUCUGAAAUGACUGGCAUCUGGAGAUACUUGAACAAUGCGUAUGCUAGGGAUGAGUUCAUAAACACGUGUCCAGCCAACCAGGAGAUAGAACACGCAUAUUCGGAUGUUGCAAAAAGAAUGAAGUGAAGUCGGGGUUUUUUCUGUCUCAUCUCAGUCUUAUGAGCUAGACUAUGAAAAGAGUGUGUCCUUUGUGUUUCCCUCCCAAUAACCAUCCUUUGCAAAAUAAUGCCUAUAUUUUAACAGUGCACAGGCCAUAGCGUGUUCCACUCAACACCAAAUGAUACAUAGUCUUGUAAUUUGUCAACUCACUUGUGUAUCUGAAUGAUACCAGUAUCUGUUGUUAUACACACCAAUUAUCCAGUUUAUAUUCAUUUAUGUCUUUAACAUUCUGGGACCUGCAACAUAUGCCCUAAAUAUCUGUAAUCCACAAUAUUUAGGGCACGUGUUUUGCAGUUUAAGUUUCAAAGCAAAUAAGGUUCGGUUCAAUUCCGCCUUUAUUUAAAAAAUUGUAUCUGUCUCUGAUAGUUUUUAAUCAUGCCUAGCCUAUUUUUUUCUGCUCUAAAAUAGUAGUUUAAUUUUUUUCGGAACAAAAAUUCUCUUUUUAUAAUUACAAAUUACACGCUUAUUUUAAUACUUUAAAACAAUGUCAGAGGGCAUAAAGAAGAAAGAAAAAAAUCACCUAAACUUUCACUACACUUAGAUAACUGCUGAUAACUUAUUGGUGAACAUCUUCCAAAUCCUCAGACUCUCUCUUUCUCACACACACAUUCACACCGCACAUAAUUUCAUGCCUCUGUGGUAUUGUGUUAGUUUAUUUUCAAGGACUGGUGAGGGGACCCCUUGGUAAUGCCUUGAUGGUCAGCCAUAGAGGACCUAAAACAACAGAUUCAGCAACGCAGAGCUCAAGAGGGCGCUUGUGGCCAAGUUUCACAGGGAUGGAGAACUGUAGGGUCACAGACCCACAGGGACUUGCAGGGACAAGCGGGGACCGGAAGCCGUGGAGGGUCCCCACCUGCCUUGUUCCUGCCUCCGUGAUGCCACUGCCCCUGGUUCCAAGGAGGGCAUGGAGGAGGGUGCCUGUCUGUGUCCCUUUCCAGCUCCCUUUCGGGGGCCUUCUCUUGCUCCCCUCCUCUCACAGAGACCAUACCUUCAGGAGGACUCCUGACAUCAGCUGUGUGUUGCAGAAUCUCCCUGCCCUGUGUUGAAAUGUGGACCAAGCACACCUUGAUCCCUUCUGAUGGCCGCUCUCUCCAAGACAGAACACUGCGCCUCUUCGGCCAUGAUGCCGUGUAGGGCUAGCCCGGAUCCUGUUGCUUCUCUGCUCUCUCUAGUGUCACUUCGAGGUCAAGCAAGGAAAAUCCAGAGAGAUUAGAUUCAUGGUGACUCCUCUUGGGCAGUUCUGGCAAAUAGUCAUGCUAGGGAGGGAGUGGAAACUACUGAGUCAAAAGAGUUUCUGGUUCAUCUGUGACUUCCCCUGCCCCAUCCGUGAGCCAGCCCCUCAGGCGCAGCUCCCUGUGGGCUGGGGCCCAGCUCCUAAUCAAGCCUUGGAGGACAGAAUGGGAGGCUGUUUCCAUACUCAUCAAGACUCGCUGGGUUUGAGUGUUAUCUGCCAGGCUGUGUCCCUUUGACAUUUGUACACACCUUCCAGAAGACCUGCUUGUCCAGUUGGUGACAGCAUGUGGUUGAUGUUAAAUGCUCGUUAGAAAAAAAAUACAUACACCUGCUCACCGGGCGAUGCAUUUGGAAGAGAGGAAAAUGCAUUAACAGUAACCCUUCUGGGAUUUAGUGAAAGAUGUCUAGUAAGAGAAACAAAGUCUUUGAGAUGGUGGCCACUUUCUCUCCCCUCUUGCUGGAUGCUACGGUUUUACCAGGGGCGGCCGACCCCAGCCCUCCACUUGCUUUGUUAGCCAUGUAUUUUUGGAGGUUGUGUCUAGCGUGUGCCGCCAUGAUUCCUGUUUCACAUCUGUUUAGGAGUCAGAUUAUUAAGAUGAGUUUUACCAUGUUACAUUUAAACUUCGCAAAUGAAUUGACUACCCGAUGUUACUAGUGCAAACUUUGUAUUUUUAGAGGUUAAAGUAAUCUACAUAAACUCCGUGAUGCCUUAACAAUUAAAUGAAUUAUAAAA